AGCACCGUUUCAUUUGUCCACCUUUAUGGCCUACAGGAACUAUAAACAUGUCCGUUUGGAGGAUGUACUUCCGACCACGCUGUCUCCUGAUCUCAUCAAGGCAACCAAGGACGACCUUCUGCUUCACAGUGCCUACAGCGUCUACACUACCAGCGUCGACGCCUUUGUCCUCGGCGAUUCCGAUUCAGAUCAAGAUGGGUCUGAUACCUCAAAAAUGGCAUUCAAUGAGAGUAUCGUGGCGAAAGGGCCCCUGCGCAUUCUGUGUUGUUUGUUCGAUGCAGCCCAUGCGAGGUUGGGGGAGACUCCAGAACCCAGGGCAUGCGAGGCCUUUUUGCUCGCCGCGUGUCCUCAGGUUGGCGCGGAUGCAUGCAUUGUACGCAUCAACGUUGAGACGUUGGUCCAACAAGGUGAUGCUCCCAGGUGCGAAGAUAUCACAGUGUUUGUGCGACUUCAUGAGGCCACCGACGCGGGCUCCGGGAGACAGCUGAGUCAAAACGAGCACGAGAUGAUACAAAGUCUCGCGGGCGUGUUGCUGGGGGAUCUCAGACGACGUGUUGCUUUUGGGAUCAUGAUCGAGGGAACCGCUGCUUGUGUGCUACGAGUGCACUCUCAGGGUGCGCAGAUUUCGAAGAUGUUUGAUGUUGUUCAGGACGUCGAGACCACGACACGCACAAUCUUGUCCUUUGUACAUACAAGCUACGAGCAGCUAGGCUGGGAUAUCACUCGCUCUGAGUCACGGAAUGACUCCCAAAGUGUUGAAUAUCGACCAGUAACCCGCACACUUCCGCCCAAACCACGCGGUGCACCUCUUGGUGUCCCAAGCUUCACCGAUGCCAUCCACGAAUGCGUCAUCCCUUCACUCACGUACUUCGGUCAGCAAGAUCUUGAGCCCGAGGAGGUAACAGAAAAUCAAGAACAGAACCCACACGAUCGCCCACAUCGCACUUCAAGGUGCCCCCGGUACACCCGUAUCCGAAUCACCGACACGUUCCGUGCGUGCAACUCAGCCUCUGCCGCCGAUUCCUGCUCGAGCUGCUGUCCCCCACACAAAUGGAAAGACCUCAUGCAUAUCGGCGCAACAUGGGCGUGGAACGAGCACGCUUCCCAGCUUGGGGAUAGCUUGUAUGGUGGCAUGGAGGCGCUGUUCAUGAACAACUUCCUCAGCCUUGCGUCCGCACGAGCGCCGCCAUCGCGCCUUGGUACGUACGCCGACAUGGCUGCGAGAUUCCCUGUAUCGCCUGCGGAUGCGGACGAGAGGGAGCGUGUUGCGCCUGGGACGGUGUACGAUUUGCACCUCAGGUUGAAUGUGGUUCCGCAGGAAAGGCUGAUCGAGAUUAUCGAUCCCAAGGGCCUGGUUACUGGAAACCCAUCAGCUUCGAAGCAGGUAAGAAUGGGGCACACGCGGGUGUGCAUCUCCCCGAUCUUCAGGCCGCUGUGGGACGUAGACAGCAGUCAAGGCCUGUUCCGCCGCAUUGGCGAAGCCAUGCAAGGCCUUGGCGUCAUCCAUAAGAUGGGCCGAGUGCACGGCGACGUCAACUUCCAGAACAUCAGCGUGAGUGGCGGAAAGGGGACACUGACGGACUAUGACACGUUCGUCAUGCCGCCAGAGCUCGCGGCCAAGGUCAGGAAGGCCAUGGAGAAUCAACCGAAAGAAAACGCUCAGGCCGAAGAGGCACGGAUCAGCGGGGAGCAAGGUGAUAGCUGCAUACCAGCGGGGGCAUAUACCACACAUUCAUUGCGAUCUCAGUACCCGUUGUAG